AUGUAUGGCAGCCCCCUGAAUGGAUGCGUGCAGAGGCUCAUCAGAAUCUAUUAUCACCAGGUCCAGAUAUUUGGAAAGCAUGCCAAGAGCCAAACUUCUCGGAAAUCUGCUGAUAAGGAGAAUGCCACUCCGGGAGACACGGAAAAUCAAAGUUCGACUGCGGUUGAGAAGACCGAGAAAGAGAUCCAGGAAGAGAUACAAGCUAUCUUCCGCCAAAUUACGGCCUCGGUCACCUUCCUCCCAGUUCUGGACGGAGACUGCACAUUCAACGUCCUCGUGUACGCUGACGCAGACUCGGAUGUGCCCGUCGAAUGGGGCGACAGCGAUGCCAAAGAGAUUAAGAAUGCCGAGAAAGUGCAGCUGCGAAGCUUCAGUACGAAUAACCACAGAGUGGAGACCCUGGUCAGUUAUCGCCUGGCCGAAUGA